AUGGCACCGCCGCAUGUGACAGACGACGUGCUCCUGGCCUCAGUCAUCGAAGACAUGUCGUGCCCGGCGCGCGGAUACAGCACCGGAGUUCGCUGUCAAAGGUAUCCCGGUGGCAGAUACCAGGGAAAAUGGCUGGGCAUGCAGCCCCAUGGAUACGGGGUAAGGCGGACUUGCAGCGGCUUGGUCUACGAGGGUCAUUGGCAGAUGGGGCAGCGCCAUGGUUACGGAACUCUGCGAAGGAAGGAGACGAAUGGCAGCAUACUCCGCAUCUACGUGGGGGAGUGGCGGCAGGAUAAGCGGAAUGGCGAGGGGAAGCAGUUCUACCCCGAUGGAUCCGUGUACUUUGGUCAGUGGCUUGCGAACCAGCGGAGCGGUCAGGGCAUUUUCUGGAUGGCGGAUGGAGGAGUAUAUGUGGGGGAGUGGCUACUAGAUCAAAUGCACGGAAAGGGUGUACUUUUUACGGCUAAUGGAAAUCGCUAUGUCGGCCAAUUCGAAGGAGGGUGCAAAUCAGGAGCAGGUGUUUUCUAUCAUGACCCUGAAGGCCAAAGGAUUCAACGCGGCUUUUGGAGUCAGGACGUCUGUACAACUUCACUAAUGCCCUUGCUACCAGGAUAAAUUAAAAAUGUACCUCUGAAGCUUUUUUGUAACACCUAGAUAACAUAUAAUUGGAUAGAGAAGUAUUUUUAAAUUAGAAUUUCAACUAAAUCGAGGUUAAA